AUGGCUCAAGUCUGCAGUCUUUCUGAUACCAGGUCACUGAAGAAGACUCGCCUUGUCAACACUAUCUUCGCCCAAGUUGCAGCCCAAUACUUAUAUUUUGACAAGUCUACAGAGGUAGCAUUUCACCCUACGCUACGGUUCCAUGUCCGUACACUUUACUUUGACCGCGACAUCCUCGAUGAAAAUUUUGCGGAAUACGAGACCUGGGAAGCGACUAUCGACACGCGCGAGCUCGCAACUACCGGAGACACACGGGCAAAGAACCCUGAAGAAGCACGAUGGCAGUGCUCGCAGGCCGACCUGGAUCGUUCUCACACCAACUUUUGCCGCCUUCUUGCCUCGCAAAGGGCACUUUUCGAUGGCCGGAUGGACCUCAUAGUACUGUCAGCAGCUCUUCCCAUGUUGCAAAACUUGCGAACAAUAGAGUCGAUUGAGAAAGCAUUUCGAAAUGGAGCUGUAGCCACGCCUUACGAUUCAAUUGCAGGCCAUGAGAAGGAUUGGGUCCCAAUACUGUCGGAUCUGCAGACCGAGACACUCCUGCCAACGCCUUUCAUUGACCUUUCCCUAUCAACACAGCCGGAAACCGCACGACCGCUAGCCCCAUUAAUCUCCGGUCUGGGACUCGCUCGAAGGCAGCUACGGACCAAAGAAUUACGUCGGAUCCCUUGGAGUUUCUGGAAGCAAGAAGGUCCUUCAGGGUUUGAGCAUGGUGUGCGGUCACAUAUUCAUGCCGCUUUCCGGUAUCUAGAGAGCUUAGACGUCCAAUUUGUGGUUGGGUUUUACGACCUUGAAGUCUCUCUACAGGGUCUGAUGCCUCCUUCAGCCAACAAUUUUAUUGGAGCAGCUCCAGGACUUCGACUGCUAGACCUCACAUUUCUGUGUUAUGAGGAGGAUGAUGAUGGGGCAGGUUUUGGUGAUGCAAACUGGGGAACGCUUCCCCGCACGGGACAGGUAUUCGCGACAGUGAACCUACCUAAUCUGGCUAUAUUUCGCCUUUGGUCUUGCAUACUGACCGAGGAAAUCCUGAUUGAUUUCAUCAGACGUCACAGCACAACGUUGAAGGAAAUCAGCAUGAGUUCCGUGCGUCUCGACAACAGAUCAGUUGAGUCUACUUCAUGGGAGGAGACGUUGAAGCAGAUCGCUCCUACCUUAUUUUCGGAUUGGGUUAAGCUGAGAUGGCUUUGGAGUGACGACGUUGAGGACGUCAUCGGAGCAGGGGACCCUAACGAUGAGGCAUUCAGUUCUCGUCAUGCAGCAUAUUGCCAAAGUCUGGCGGAUUUCUUGUGCAACAGAGAGGCCGGGCGGAACGUCCUAGGGUCCUCGACUUCGCGAGACCGACUGGGUGAAUCCCUCAAAAUCCCUUCGGGUGGGGGGUGGGGAAGCUGGAUAUCCGAGCAAUACAUAGACGAAAUUCCGUGA